AUGGAGGACGAGAAAGAACGACUAUCGAUUGAUUUGGAUAUGACUCCCGUUGUAGAAGAAGAAGAUUGUGAUGAGGAUCUAGAUAUCUCGGAAGUAGGAACCCUGACCUGGCUAGUCAAGAUCCCAAAAUUCCUUUCCGAACGAUGGCUCCAACAAGCUCAACUUUCCGGACCCCGAACCGAGCUUGGCGUGAUGAGAGUCUAUGAAGAGGAUCACACCGGUAAACGAAAGAUCGAACUUCUUUUAGAAGACGUACCCGGCCUUGCCCCAGUUCCGAAGCAAUACAAAUUGGAUGUUCGGAAUGCGGCUACCACAAAUCUCUACGUUUUCGAUGAGCUUUCUAAACCCGAACCUGUGGCUUCAACUUCGAAACCCGAUCCAGUUGAAAGUACUUCUAUCAACAAAUUCGACAAACCUCGUCGGGUUCGACCUAAAGUCGCGCGCCGACCUAAGCUAUCAGGAACCAUUGCCCAUGAAUGUCAGGUUUCGCCGGUUCUCGACGACAAUUAUCGUGCAGUCAUGCGUGCUCGUCAGCAGAAGGCCUCUCAGCCUAAACGGACCAUCCAGCGAGUCAAUCAGGACAUUGGAACGCUAAACCGAAUGGCUAGCGGUGUCACGACUCACGCUCAAGCUAGCAAAUUUGCCGCAUUUACUAGAUCGGUGACCAAGUCCCAAGGAACAGAGAAAUUUACGAGAAUGCCCCGCACGGAAUUAAUAGACGCUUUGUUUGCCAGUUUCUUGCGUUACGAUUACUGGGCGACCAAAACACUCAGGGCCCAGGUCAAGCAACCCGAAGCUUACUUGAAAGAAGUCCUGAGCGAGAUUGCCACGCUUCUUAAAGCUGGGCCAUAUAACGGCCAUUGGGUUUUAAAGCCACAGUAUGCCGAACUCAAUCGCUCGAAAGCCGCUGCGAAUCGUGAACCCCAUAAUUCACCCCCGCAUUAUCUAAUACUCCCCGCGCAUUCAUCCAUACAUAAUCGCAUACUUUUCGCCAUCAGCUUCUUGACCAUCCAUCCCCUUUUCCAACUCUUCCCUUCAUCCCCAGUGCCGACCAGCGAGCAUCACGCCAAGUACUUCACUAAAAAUUCUUAUCGUCUCGCCAUCAUGUCCUCCGGAACCCCUGCCAUCUCAACCCCGCCAUCAUCCGACCAACCUACCGACUUGCCAUCUCCGAACCUCGAGUUCAGCAGUCAAGGCCCAUCGCCGAUGACCAUGUUGACCUUCUUCAAAGGUCCAUCACGCAACAAAAAAACUGAAAACCCCGUCCGAAAAUCGAUCUGUUUCGGCUUUGUGUCCAACAAUCCGGCUCAGCAACAACCUCCGACUCGGAAUGCUGAUAGACCAAGAGUGGUCACCAAUUGGAAAUCAGAAAGCGAGACUCAAAGAGAGAUUGCCCAUAGUUUAGAUCAACCAGUAUUCUCAUCCAUAAACAGAUUCUCCUGUCCUCAAACGGGUGAGCGAAUCGAACCUUUAAACUUAAAAUCGAUCCCGGCCGAGGUCUUACUUCCGUUCGGUCAGAGGGAAAGUGAGAUAUUUGAACUGUUGGCUGAAAGACAAAACGUGGGUCUAUACAACCGAUUAAAGGACCGAUUACAAGCCGAUGACUGGUCCAAGUUUGAGAACGACUUGUUGAGGGCCAGCCGAUCGGAGAUGGGAGAUCAAGAAUGGAUCAUGGCCAUCCGAGCCCUCAUCGAGCCGCUUGACAACAAUCUCUGGGUCAGUUUCCGAGGCCUGAUCGGAGCUGACGGCUUGGAUCAUCAAGAGACCAGCAACGUGGCCAUGGAACAUGAUUGGCACGUCCAGCCUUUCAAAGUCAGACGCUCCUCCUUCCGCUCAGCCGACGGUCGUCGUCGGCGCGAUAGUCAACACGGUCGGUCUUUCAGCGAAUCGUCCCUCUCCGGGGGCUUCGCCGGCGGCGAAUCCGAUCUCGACUCGAUCAGCGUGAUCAGCCAAUCUCCCCGGGCUAGAAUGGAAUCGAUCAAAGAACAAGAGGGCUUAGAAGCCGAGGAUUCCUCGGUCCCUUUCGACAAUUGUCCCAUGCUUCAGACCUGCUCGGAUUCGGGCGACGAUGAGCCGGAUGAAAGUCACGUCUUGGCGCUCAAGAUCCUCGAUGGUCCCUCUGAUCCCCAUCCUUCGAUCGACACCAGCGGUAAAAAUGCGUACUGCUUGCUUCCUCAUGGACUCAAGUAUUCGUUUGGUCAGGUCAUCGAUCAUGGCCUUGGACUCCAAUCCUUGAACCUCCCCGCUUAA